GAGACUCCACGUCACUGAGGUGUAAUAUCGGCGUCAGUGCAACGCGCAGUGCCACCUCCAGUGCCAUUCCGGUGCCGCUGUACACGUCGAGACGUCCUCGCCUCGGUGGCGAUAACUCGCAUGACCCACAAAAAAGCGAAGAUAUAUUCCGCCGUUUUCCGCACCGAGCGGCGUCGGUCGAGGCACCGGGAACCCCCCGCAGAAGAGUGCCCCGCUGCCUCGGCUUCUAAAUGGGUGAAUCAGGGUCACGCCGGUCCACGCUCGUGUCCCGCCUGCCGAUCUUCCGCCGCAGCAGCAGUAAGAGGCAGGAGUCUCUCCCCUCCUCUCCAUCUUCAGGCGGACAGAGCAAUGGCGUCCACACCUCUUCGCCCUCCAGCACCAACUCCAGUUCCGGCAGUACCGGGAAACGCCGGAGCCUUUUCCGAGCCCCCUCCCUCAGUUUCUCAGCGAAACGGAACAGUGAUCCACGUGUCCAGCCUAUCAACCUGAACCUCACCCCCCCGCUGACGCAGAGCACCGACGCGAAUGGGAAUAACCAGCAGACGACGCCAGGAGUCAGCGAGGGUGCCGGGCGACCCAAGUCACGGCACUCGUUUGGGUUCGGCAGCCACAAGCAAAAGAAGAUCACGCGCUCUCAGACCGAGGAUUUUGAAAAAGUGUCCUCUUCCUCCUCCACAGCCAAUCGAAAUGUGUUUAUAAAGUGCAUCAGCGGCUCGGGGGCCAACGAGGGCGACGACUCUGGGUUCCUCGACGACUACAGCGUCGGGGGGAGUAAUAACACCAAACGGUCGUCACGGAAGAAACAGCUGCUGCCCAAGUCAUUCUCAGCUCACCACCGCUUCUCCCGGACCUCGGAUCACCACAGACCUCCUGAAGUGAAUCUGGAACCCCCGAGCUCCACCAAUAUAGCUCCUCCGGGGGCAGGAGGGCUCUCCCCAGGGUCGGGGUCAGGAGAGUUGCCUGGUGCCGGGGGUGAAAGCUCACUCCAGUCCCCUAUGAUAUCAGAAGACCAGACCACAGCCAUCACCCCUUCAGAGUUCAUCCCUAUCACAGAGGAUUCUGCAUCCGAGGUGGACGCCCUGCCAACUCCCAGCCCCGGACCUGGUUUCGCCCCAGGGUCCACCUCUGUGCCCGGGCUGCCUAUUGACACACCUCCACCUGAACCUCCGCCUGCUCCCGAGAACUUCAGCUUGGCUGUCUCCACCUCCCAGGUUUUCUUCACUGCGGCCCAGUCCAGCACUGAGAAACCUUUACUCCCUGACACCAGCACCGCAAACAACACCGACUACGAGACCGCCAUUUCCCUCUCAGAGCCCGAGACAGCUGUCCCCUGUCUGCCUCUGCGGGAACAAUCACUGGAAGAGAGGCAGGAAAGAGAGGAGGAGAGAAAGGAAGCGCAGGAUGAGGUGUCAGCAAAGGAGAGGAUGGAGCUGGUGGAGGAGAGGAAGGCCAGUUGCCGCAAAGAGACCACAAGUGAGAGCGAGGCCUGUGUGGCACGCAGCGAGGGUUGUCACUCUAAUCCAGAGCAAUCGGAACGAAGGGCGAGAAACGUGCGCUCCAUUCAAGAACGAGGAAGCUUCUGUGGCUGCCACGAACCGAGGUCCUCUCAUUUGAGGAAACCACAUGCAGCCUCUCUGUGUAGCAGUGUCAGCCCCUAUCACGAGGUGAUGCGGAUGGAGAGGCGUCUUCGCUCCUCGUCUGAGGGGGCAGGUGGGCCUCGUAUCCAUGGAAACCAAAGAGAUGCCCCGGGCAUGGAGGGAUGUGGUCUGCUCAAACAGAGAAACAACUCCUCAUCCUCCAAACUGGGAAGUCUGGAUGUUUUAAACUACCUGGGUUCAUCAGAGCUGGAUGAAGAUGACCUCAUGUUGGACCUGGACCUUUCUGACGAUCAGCGACAUCGACACGUGUCCAGAGAAGACUCGAGCCAGUCCCUGGCCUCUUGUCUCAACCUGCUCCCCUCCCCCAUGGACCCAUCAGGAGAGCGCAUCCCAGGGAGAGAAAACAAUCAAAGGGAGCCCAGUCGUCCGACCAGCCUGCUGCCUGCUGACUGGAGCUCAGGGCUGGCUUUGGGGAGGGAGGAUGAGCCCUUACCGCCGGGGCUGGAGACCUUUCCACUCCGGCUGAUGCAGCAGGACUGCACCGCUGUCAAAACCCUGCUCUUAAGACUGAGACGGACACUGCAGGAGAGCACAGAGACGAGUCCUGCCAGCAGCCUCCAGUCUCUACCCAUCAGCCCCUGCAGUGAAAAAUCCCUUCCAUUUAAGGAGCCCGGCAGAGAGGAGGCCGUGCUGCAACAGCUGAGAGAGAAGGACGAACUGAUUCUCAGACUCCUCAAUGAACUGGAGAGUGCCAAAGCUGCCCAGAAGAUGAAAGACUGCCAAAUGACUGACCGCGCAACACAGACAGAACACAUGGGACCAGAGACCAGUCAUCCAGGCCGGUGGUCAGGACUAGGCAGCAGCAUCCUGGCUUCAAGGGACCGAAGGGUAGUGCGUGGAGUGGGGGCAGCACUCGGAGGGGACCUCUGUAACCAGCACCUCCCCCACCACUAUCCAUCUCUGCACGGCCGCCCACCAGCCUCUGAACGACACGCUGCCAGGGAGGAGCGCCACUGCCAGGGCGUCUUGGCACAUUCCACGGCCCGUAACCCGGCUCCCAAUUUGGCUCCGGCCCCCUCCAACUUGUCCUGUGCCACUUCUGCCGCGUCAGCCCAAACCUCACUCGCUACUCCAGCCCAGCUUCCAGUUUCACACCUGGGCCACAGUCCAAAUCAAUGCCCAGGCUCCGGUUCGGCGGGCGCUAAACACAACGCAAUACCAUCUCUGUCCUCCAGGUGGCCUGAAGGGGUGUCCUCCUCUUCUGAGUCCUUAACUCCAGGGGCAGGAGGUGGAGUGAGUCUAUCAGGUGGGGCGAGGAGAGGAGGAGGAGGAGUAGAGCACCAUCCCCCGAGCCAUAUCCCUCGUGUAGUCGGGGCCAGCGCCUCAUCAAGCCUCCACAGUCUUGCAAGCAGAGAGAGCCCCUCCCCGAGCAUCUCAUCGCCCGUCCAAACCUCCCCUCCGCCUCCAACUCCUUCCCCGGCGUCCUCUUCCUCCUCCUCCUCUUCCUCCACGUUUACAGGUCGUUUGGGUCAACCACCUCGAGGCCCUCUGUCUCUGCAUAGCUACAGUCGUAAAAAUGUCUUCCUCCAGCAUUCCCUACAGACUGCCGAACUGCAAGCGCUGACGCAGAGAGACAGCUGAGGGCCCACAAACAUUCACGCCAUCCGUAUUGACUUGAGCGACAAAAAGUGUGACUUUAUAUUUAAACUGCUGCUCCGAUUCCUCCCGAAUCAUCAACCACACGCGCUUACAAUCACGCUCGUCCCUCUUUACAAUCCGGACCAACCGUUUGCUGACAUAUUAUUCAUAGUUUUGCUCAUUUUGACACACUCACAUGCCAGGUUACACACACACACACACACUCACCUGUCUUUGAGUAUGAAAAAGGCACUCACCGGUCGAUCAGAACUCCCACGUAGUGUCACACUGACAGUUUAGAUGUGCUUACGCCCACAGACACACACAGUGCACAGAGACUCACAGCCUCAUAUCCAUGCACACAUACACAGAUCUAGUCACACACACACACACACACACACGCUCUCACACAGAGACAUCACCUGUGAUAUAUCUGCCUCACAGUCUGCACAAAAAACAGUACGGUAACGCAGAGAUGAGGUUUGUUUUGUGAUGUUUUAAAAAUAUAUAUAUAUAUUUAUUUGAUCAUCUUUUAAAAGUUGAAAUAUGUGCUGCUUAAUGAAAUAUGGGAAUCAUUUGCGUCGUUCAGGAAAUAUCUUCACAUUGCCAAAAUCCUUCAAUCAGAUCAUCUCCUCAUUCCUUGAUGUCCACUAACAGAAGUCCAGAUGAAAAGACAAAUGUUUAGAUGAACGUCCACAAUCAUGAACCUUUUACUGCAUGCUUUUUAGAAAUUAAGGAGAACACAGGUGACACAAUAGGGAUCUGGGCAACUUUUACAGUCUUUUAAUAAGUUUUCAGUAUCAACCCUCAUCUCAGUGUUUCAAGAAGGGAAUCGAACAUGCCAAAACCUCGAAGAAGCCUCUUGAUUGUUUUUGAGUGCUUAUGCUCACAUGAAUAAGACAUUACAAUAACGUUUGGCUUAUUACUGGACCACUGGUUUUCAUAGAACUACAAUGAUGCAUUAUACACAAGAAUCAAUGUGUAUCUGCAAUAUUAGAUGAGUUACAGUACAGACAUGAAGAGUUUCAUUCUAAAAUAAGAUAUGUGGACUCCACUAAAGCUUUAUGAGCGAACUUUAUCAAAACACCCGAAAAUGAGACCAACCACACAAGUUUUAGGAUUUGGCACAACCUGCACGAUGUAUUUAUUGAGGAUCAAAGUAUCAGGUUUUGGAACGAAGCCCUUCAAAUCUCCUUUAGGGCUGGGUAUCGAUCAGGGAACUCGUUGUGCUUUGCUAAAUGACAAAACCAAUAACCAGUUUUGUGAUUCAAAGGGAACGCUGUUUGAAAUAAUGUCAUUGCAGUGGACUGGUUCUGGUCGAGGGAACGUAAUACUGCACACACAGUUGUUUACUUGAUGAAAUAAAGAACCAUAACCGACCCAUUUUAUCAGCA